AUGCCGGAAAGCUGCUCCGAGGAAUCGGAGCAAAUCGGGAAGGGUCCCAUUCCCAAGCGUGGAGAACAAGUCCGACCGCACCCAGUCGAAUACUCGAGAAGUGCGUAUGAGAAUGCUCGAACCCCGCUGCCGCCGAGUUCCAAGACCGAGGAUCGAAGUUUGUUGUUCGAACUUGUCAGAAACAGAAGCAGUAGCGACGAACCUAGUGGAACCCGAUUGAUUAUUGUAGAAGUCAACGACUUCGAGAUUUACGGAGCUCCAUCGGGAAAAGCCGCAUAUCAAUUCAGCUCGCUUCACCGUUUCAACUCAAGAGCAUCGAACCUGUGCUUCAACGGGGUUGUGUCCUCGCCCCUGCUCAAGUCGGAAUUCUACGUGGAGAAUGUCUUGAUCGAGGACAUAUCCAUUGAAGGUUACAACGACGAUGAACAUCCAGGCACGGAAGUAUACCUCAAAUCAAGAAUUGCCGCAAAGCACGUCGAUUACGACAUAUGGUACCAGUUGAAGAAGCCUUCAAUGGAUUAUGCCUCGUUGUAUCGAUCGUUCCAAUGGAUUUCCCAAUUCGGCAAACACGCCAUUGACUUCAUUGAUUCUCGAUCUGGCAGAGCCGUCCACCUAUCGCAUUUCAGAGAAGAGUUCCUUCCCUGGGCGGCGGCACGGUUCAAGGGAAAUGAGCAAUUUGAAGCAUGGGCGCAGAAACGCAAGACGAAUUGUUAUCUUGGGGAUUUCAACGCUUACGGAGACUUUCUGUACAGCCAAGCCUACAACCUCCCGAAUGCGAAAAGUAUCUUCUGUCACCCCAUUUGGGGAGAGUUCUUGAUAGGAGGGAAGACGGCAAUAAAAGAGCAGCCCCAGCCGCUGCCGUACACCGUCUGUACUCCACUUGUAUACGAGUGCUUCUCCCACAUGUACUUUGGCAGUCAUCUAAAGGAGAUGUCACCUGAGGCCAGCGUGAACAAAGAACAGGAGCACCGAAAGAAGACGCUGGGAUUCCAGCAGCCGAACCGAUUCACUGGUCAAAAUCUUCGGCUCCCUCCCGUGCUCCCGGCUGGGAGUAGACUUUUUAAAGUUGGGGAUGUGGUAGGAAUUCCUCCAGAUGAGGGUGGGUCUUGGGGAAACACCACCAAAGAAUACCUGGCGUAUGUUCAAAGGAUCGACACCCUUGCUUCUGGAGUACAACGGCUGUUCGUCCUCUGGCUAUACCGGCCUGAAGAUACCAUCAUGCUGGAUAUGAGAUACCCUUUCCAGGACGAAAUGUUUCUGAGCGAUCAUUGCAACUGCCAAAAAAGAGGGUUUCUUUCAUCGGUAGUAAUCCGCAAGUACUCGGUUAACUGGAUGUCAGCGCCAGAGUCGAAGGAUGCAAAUGCGAACAUAUUUGUCACUCGCAAAUACGUAACGACAGAUUGCUCGUUCGUGAGCUUGAAUGAGGAGGAUUUUCUAUGCCGUUGUAAACAAGCAGCCACUCCCCCAGUCUCUCGAUGCAAGGCUGCGCCUGGCGAAACUGUAUAUAUCCAGCAAACGAGGAAUGGGAGACUGGAACCGGUAGUGGUUGACCACUGGGAUAACGACCAAAAUCGCGUUUAUGUUCGCCAGUUAGUCAGGCUGCAGGAGGUGACAGGAAUUCAGGGGUUGGCUCGCGAUUAUUUGAAUACGCGCCGUCCGGGGAUUCACGCCCCUAACGAACUUGUAUGGACUAACAGAGUUGUCGAAGUUUCACCCUCGAGUAUACAACGUAAAUGCCACAUAAGAUACUUUUCAAUCCGAAAAGUACUGGAUCAUGAAGUGGCUAUGCCAUACAACCGUCGAGGAAAUGGCGAUUACUGGUUCAUUACUUCCCAUCUCACCGUGGUUGACAACCAACCAUAUCUGGAAUCCCUGAACCGAGCUCCGACGCCAAUGAAAGAAGGCCCAAUCAAUCUAAAGUCUUCUCAGCCCUUGAAAGGCCUCAGCAUCUUUUCAGGUGGUGGAAAUCUUGACAGAGGCCUUGAGGAAGGUGGAGCAGUUACCUUCACACAAGCAGUCGAUAUCUCUCGAGAAGCGGUUCAUACACAACUGGCGAACAGCAAAGGGAAAAAUCUCCAGAUCUAUUUUGGAUCUGUUGACAACUACCUGAAGUUAGUCUUGGAAGGCAAGGACGUUGUGCCUCUAGCACGUAUUGGCGACAUACAAUUCAUAGCAGCUGGAAGCCCGUGUCCUGGUUUUUCGACAAUGCAGAAGGACCCAUAUAGCGAACAGUCCCUCCGCAACGCUUCUCAUAUCACGACCUUCUGUUCCUUUGUCGACCUAUAUAGGCCACUAUAUGGUAUCCUAGAGAACGUAGUCUCCAUGACAAACAUCCGAAAGGGUCAUGAAGACGAAAAGGUCUUCUCUCAGCUUGUGGCCUGCCUAGUCGCUUUAGGCUACCAAGCUAACUACUACAUAAUGGACGCCUGGAAUUAUUCAAGCUGUCAGUCCAGAAGGCGACUUUUUAUUUCGAUUGCUGCCCCCGGACUGGAACUAAUUCAACCCCCUCCUCACACGCAUUCCCAUCCAGACUGGUUUAAGGGACGAAGUCUUGGCAAGCUCCCGACAGGCCAGCCUUUUGGUUGCCAGGAAUAUUAUCCCACUCCGUUUACAUGCACUACCGCCGAGCAGGCCAUUGGCGAUCUUCCAAAUAUCGGCUCCGGGUUCCAACAAAUAUGCGUAGAAUAUCCUGACCACAGGUUAAGCGGCCGGAUGAAUCAGCGGGACCGCGAGCUGAUGAAACGAAUUCCAGUCACGCCCGUUGCAAUGGGCUACAAGGAGGCGUUGUCUCUCGGUUUGUUGAGUGGGAGCCUCAUAAAGGCAAACAAGAAGGUUCCAGGAAAAGCUUUCAGGCGCAUUCCGCCUACCGGGCCCAUACCUACGAUAAUGACACAAAUUUCGCCGCAAGACAACCGCACGGGAGACAUCAUUCAUUGGGAGCAACCGCGCCCCACCACGGUCAUGGAAGCAAGGCGUGCGCAGGGGAUUCCCGACGACGAAGUUAUUCUAGGAGCUCCACGCGACCAGUGGAGAAUAAUCGGCAACGGAGUAGACCGCAAUGUGUCUUUUGCACUGGGUUUGGCGCUGCGACAGGCUGUGGAGAAGACUCAUGAAGUGAAUGGGCCUAGGGCCGCUUUACGCUUGACCGCUGAAUAUGGCAAAGUCAAACCGGAUUUUCUCGAGCAACAAGGGAGUUCGGAGGUCAUGGGUGUGCACACUACCACCAAGCCAUUGGAUCUUAGGACCAAGACAACGAUGAGAAAGUUAUCUGGCGUUGUGAUCACAUCGAAGACAACUAUAUCAUGGACCUCUCGGAAAGAAACCAUUGGCGCAAAUGUGAAUGGUUCAAAAACAACACAGGGGCAUGACGAAGAGGAAGAAGAUUCCAACACCAUCAGCGAACCCACCUCUUUCAGCAGCAGCCCGAAUUCGAUCAGCGAAUCAAGCUCUGUCAGUGGAGCCAACACCGGAGGAACUCUGUCGCACUGUGCCGACGAACAUCCUAGUGCACAGUCCACCAUUGUGUUCCACACGGAACGCCACCGCGCAGCCCUCACUGCAGCUGCAUCAAAGAGGCGUUCAUCGGAAGUCGUGGAUGGUUUCGGCGAUGGGAGCAACAAAAAGAAGAGGACAAGGCAUUCGGGGCUCCAAGCAGAGUUUGCACCCCUCAGAUGGGACAAGAAGCCCGAGACUCUGCUAAAGGGUUUGGCAUCAAGAUCUCCGAGUUGA